AUGUCCGAUGAAAAUGAGCUCAAAAUCGCUAAUGCAUUGGCCGCUUACCAUGACCGUAAUGAGCCGAAGAUCAAGCCAUUGGCAAGGGAAUUCGGCGUCAGUUACCAGACCCUGCUAGGCCGUAUACGGGGUGCCGGGUCAGCAAGUGGCCGACUUGCCACCAAUAAGGCAUUGGACUCGGUCCAAGAAAAAGCAUUGCUUGACUGGAUUAUCUUUAUGGAUAGCUGCGGCGCCCCCCCGACGGCAUUAUCGAUACAGCAGCGCGCCGAUGACAUUAUUCAUCGAUCAGACCCGGACCGGAAGCCUCUUUGGCAUGGCUGGGGCCUGGCAUUUACUAAGCGACUGCCAAAGCUUGCACCCCACCUCCAUUUUAUUAAGCAGAAGCCGAAGGACCCGAAGCGAAUGGGCGCCGAGGACGUAGGUCUUACGGAGAUGUGGUAUGACCGCCUAGAGCAGUGUAUUAAGCAGUAUGGGUUUCGACCGAAGGACAUCUAUAAUAUGGAUGAAACCGGCUUCCGAAUCGGCGAAGGAAAGGCUCAAAAAGUGGUAUCUGCUUUACCUAUUAGCUUCACUGCAACCGGGGGCCAUGGCGAGAGUAUUACCGCUAUUGAAUGCGUUGCUGCCGAUGGUUGGAAGACGCCGCCGUGGUUUCUAGUGAAAGCUCAGUAUCACCAGGAAAGCUGGUAUAUUGACGAAAUGCCUGAUGAUUGGACGAUAAAACCGACACCAAAGGGCUAUUCGUCUCAUACCACAGCAUUAGAAUGGCUAGACUCAUUUAUCGAGGCCACAAACCACCGAGUCUAUCGCCAUAAACACGCCGAAAGUGAUGAUGAGAUAGCGGAAGCUCGUGGCCAUGGCGGUCGCCGUCGAUACGGCCAAGAUGCAGCUAUUCGCCGAGAGAUAAAAGCAAUACGCGAAGAAGCAGACCGAGUACACUGCCGAGGUUAUCGCCUUCUUCUUUUCGACGGCCAUAAGUCUCACUGUACGCCUGAAUUCAUCCUAAAAUGCUGGGAAAAUCGCAUUGUUCCGUACGCCUUCCGGCCGCAUGUCUCCCAUAUAUGCCAGCCCCUCGAUUCGGUUCCAUUUCAUCGGUAUAAAGCGCUAUAUCGGAGAAAUAAUGUCGAGGUUGUCCAAUGGGGUGGCUCGGUAUCCCGGAAAGUCGACUUUUUUCGCGAAAUCGUUAAGGUUCGAGAGUGA